GCUCGGGUGCUGCGGGCCGCCGCCGCGCUCUGCCCAUUCAUUGCCGGGCCGGGCGGCGGGCGCGGCGCUGAAGGGAGGCCCGGGAGCGCCGGGCGGGCGGCGGGGCCUGCUCGCCGCGGGACCCUGGCGGGAGCCGGGCUGGGCUGCGGGAACAGCCCCGCUCAGAGCCGCUUGGGAAGCGUUUGGGCACUCCGGGACACGGGUCGCGUCCCGCUGUGGGUGCCCGCGGCACGCCGGGCUCCAGCGGCGGAGUGCCGAGCCUGGGUCCCUGACACGCUUGUCCCCAGCCGUGGGACAGCCGGGCCUCGGCCUGCGGUGGACAUUGGGAAGUGCGAUUGAUACUGGAACGGGCUGCCCAGGAAGGCGGUGGGGCCACCGUCCCUGGAGGUGUUUAAGGAAAGCUUACAAUGGAUUUUGGAUAAACAAGAUCUAUUGAAGGAACGCCAGAAAGACUUGAAAUUUCUGACUGAAGAAGAAUAUUGGAAGCUACAGAUAUUUUUUACUAAUGUUAUCCAGGCUUUAGGUGAACAUCUUAAAUUAAGACAACAAGUUAUUGCCACUGCUACAGUCUACUUCAAGAGAUUCUAUGCCAGAUAUUCCCUAAAAAGUAUAGAUCCAGUAUUAAUGGCUCCUACGUGUGUGUUUUUGGCAUCCAAAGUAGAGGAAUUUGGUGUUGUUUCAAAUACAAGAUUGAUUUCUGCUGCUACUUCUGUAUUGAAAACUAGGUUUUCAUAUGCCUUUCCAAAGGAGUUUCCUUAUAGGAUGAACCAUAUACUAGAAUGUGAAUUCUAUCUCUUAGAAUUAAUGGACUGCUGUUUGAUAGUAUAUCAUCCUUACAGACCUUUGCUCCAAUAUGUGCAAGAUAUGGGCCAAGAAGACAUGCUGCUACCUCUUGCAUGGAGGAUAGUGAAUGACACAUAUAGAACUGAUCUUUGUCUGCUGUACCCUCCUUUCAUGAUAGCUCUAGCUUGCCUACAUGUGGCCUGUGUUGUCCAGCAGAAGGAUGCAAGGCAAUGGUUUGCUGAGCUGUCUGUUGAUAUGGAAAAGAUUUUAGAAAUAAUCAGGGUUAUUCUGAAGCUGUAUGAGCAGUGGAAGAACUUUGAUGAGAGAAAAGAAAUGGCUACUAUUCUUAGUAAAAUGCCUAAACCAAAACCACCUCCAAACAGUGAAGGAGAACAGGGUCCAAAUGGUAGCCAGAACUCUAGCUAUAGCCAAUCUUAAGGCAUUCCAAAGAAUUUCUUUAUGGACCACUUUGACUCAAGACAUCCUGGGAUAUUUCCUGUGUUCAUGAAAUGGACAGAAGGUUUUAGUAACAUCUUUGACAAAGAACUCGAAGAAUAAAUAGCUUGUUUGUGUCAAGCAUCUUGAAAGCUUUUUCUCUAAAACUACAUCAUUUUCUCUGAGGCUGGAACAAAUGUGCUAAGAUUUUUCAGUGUAAGGAAUCAAACUUUAAACCAAGCUGCAAAAGAUUAACGUUUUUCACUCAAAACAAAUAGUUCAUUAUUGGUUUUAUUUGUGUUGAAGUGAGCUAUUUUUAGAGCGACAGUAACCCGAGGCCUAAGUGUAACUGUAUUAAUGACUUGUGUUGUUUUCAUUUUGUUUGUGACUGAAGGAAGAUAGUGCACUCUGUGUUGAAUCUAUCCAUUACCUUCAGUUUUGUUGAUUAAAAAAAAAAUAAAUACAGAUUCUGCAACAAGUAACACACAGUCCUUCAGAAACAAAUGCCUAGAAAAGCUUGUAAAGAACAUUGUUACGGUUUUAAUGAAAACUGCAGGAAAGAAAGUCAGUUUCUGGUUUUUGGUUUAAGAAAGCUAUAUUCCUCAGUAGAUCUACUUGGUUGUUUUUGCCACGAUACAGUAGCCCAGCUUGCCAGAGAAGUGCAAUAUGUAUAGUGAUUCUGCAGUUUUCUGAAACAUUUCAAGUAUUAGAAAUUAAGACAACCCAACAUACUAGGAUUUUUGUUUUUUUCAAAUAAAUGUACUGUAUGGUACAAUCGGAAUAUUUCACAAUCAAGUACAAGUCUGGAUAUUAUUGCUAUUUUUAUGGUGGAUUUUUUUGUAGAGAAGAUAUACACUGUUAGUCUGCCUUCACUGUUAGUGUGAAUUUGCGUGGUUCAUUAGAGAGUUUAUUUAAGAGGAUCAAGUGUUUGGUGAGCUUCAUACUGGCUAAUUUUAAUUGGGAUGUUAGGAGCAACUCUAGAAUAACUGAAAUGGGAUUCCUUGGUUACCUUUGUGCUGGAGAAAAUGAGAUUUCUUCAAACAGAAGGCCAUAUCCUGCAUUCCUUACUCAGGCAGAUAUCCCACUGAAGACAGGAAUUGGCCUUAAUUGAUUACUUGAUUUUUUUAGAUAACUUUGUUUCUAGCUAAUUUCUGUACAACUUUAUUUUGAAUGAUAAUGCCAACUUGCCCAAGUAUAAAAGUUGAAUGAUAAAGUUCAGUAACAUUUUGUUUUGUUUUGUUUUCCUGAAACAACACAUUUCACUGCUCUGAAAUCCUGGAGGGAAAUUGAAAAUGUGUGAUCUGUGAUGUGUCUUGGUUCAAAAAACCCUUGUCCCCUUAAAAAAACCCCACCUGUUUUUGCAAAUAACUGUCUUUGUAACUGGCUGGUCAUUCAGUGAAAUAUAACUGAAGUGUUUUUGUAUGUAGCUCAUUAGGCUACUAGCAUUUAUUUCUGUUCAGGUUAUUUCCAUAAACCAUUUUGUGAACCAGCCCCAGACACUUUGGUGAGGUGGAAAAAAUAUACAUUUUGGUCUUUGCUACUUGGUUGCCAUUUGGUCCAUACCUUUUAUAGACACUUGACUGAUGAAGUGUAAUUUGGCUAUUUUGCUUUCAUUUCUUGAAGUCUAAAAUGUGCGAUUUGUAACGUGGACUUGGGGAAUAGAAAUAAAUCAAAGCAACUUGA